CUCUCUCUCUCUCUCUCUCUCUCUCUCUCUCUCGCGUUUGUCAUAUUGUGUCUACGGAUCCUCUCUCUCUGUGACAGCCUCACCAAUCCAGCCUCCUGCAUUCCUCAAACAUGGCUUCUCUUCUUCUGCCUCUGGCAAUGACUCUUCUGGCCUCCAUUCCACUUUCAAGUGGGAACUGGUGCGUGUGCAAAGACGGAAGCGACGCAGUGUUGCAGAAGACGCUGGACUAUGCCUGCGGAGCUGGAGCUGACUGUAACCCCAUCCGUCAGAACGGACCUUGUUUCCAACCUAACACCGUCAGGGCUCACUGCAACUACGCCGUUAACAGCUACUUCCAGCGUAGGUCUCAAUCCCAGGGCUCCUGCGACUUCGCCGGCACCGCCACCCUCACCGCCUCUAACCCCAGCACGUCUGGUUGCGUCUACCCUUCAACCGCCACUAAUGCAGGCAAUACCUCCCCAACGGCAACCACUCCUUCCACUGGAAGUACAUCGUCAACCACCACCGGCAGUACAAUGCCGUCAUCGUCAACCACCACAACUGCCACUCCAUACAGUGCGACGCCGGGAGUAUUCGGAGGCAUCGGUAGUGGGGGCAUAGGGCCAUCGGCAGCAGGCAUGAACUCAGAUGAUAGUCAUGGUGGGCUUAGACUCGUGGACGCUUGUUUCCACUCUUGUGUCUCUGCCCUCCUCUUGUCUCACUUGUUCAUGAUUCAGCUCUGGAGGGGUUGAAUCUUUCCAUGCAGAAUGAGUAUUCAUGAGAGUUUGUUAAUUAAUUGGGGACAUGAUAUCUUCUUGCCUUUUAGUUUCUUUAUUUUCUUUUGUUUUGUUUUUGGACUGAGUUUCUAGUUCUCCUACUUACUUGAGGAGUAUCUGAUGGGCCUUUUAUUCUUUACUCAAUAGUAGCAUAGUUGUAUGGUGGUGUUGCUGCUGUUAUAUUAGUACACUCCUACUUGAGACUUUCUCCCCCA